UUCCUGUGUACAAAAAAAAAAUUUAUUAUUACCCUGAACAGAGAUUCUUCUUGCAAGCAUAGUCAAACGAUUGAAACCCCUCACCGACAGAAAAAUAAUUCCUUGCAAUGCAGACGCGCACACGGCUUUUAUUUAUGGCAUAUAAAAAGCUCCUGUCAUUCUGAGUCUCUACUUUCUCUGUGAAAUCACAGUCUAGAAUGGCAAAUGCUGUGCACGUACUCUUCUUCGCGCUCUUGACGCUUCACUACUGCAAUUGCAAGACUCUCAAAAGAGACGUGAAGGCACUGAACGAGAUCAAAGCGUCCCUUGGGUGGAAAGUUGUUUACGCGUGGGUUGGGGACGAUCCGUGUGGGGAUGGAGACUUGGCGCCUUGGAGUGGGGUUACAUGCUCCCAUGCCAACCAGGGGGAUUACCGCGUUGUUACAGAAUUGGAGCUUUAUGGAGUGUCCAUUGUUGGUCCAUUUCCAGUGGCAGUAACAAGUCUUUUGGAUCUGAGGAGAUUGGAUCUUCAUGGCAAUAAGCUGACUGGCUCAAUACCUCCUCAAAUUGGACGACUGAGACACCUUAUGACAUUGAAUUUGAGGUGGAACAAGUUACAAGAUUCUAUCCCCCCUGAAAUAGGUCAACUGAAGAAACUUACAAACCUAUAUUUAAGCUUCAACAACUUGAGAGGGGCAAUUCCAAAGGAACUUGGAGAUUUGCCAGAACUGCGUUAUCUGUAUCUUCAUGAAAACCGGCUUAUGGGUCGUAUUCCUCCAGAGCUGGGAAAUCUUCCUAAUCUCCGUCACUUAGAUGUAGGCAAUAAUCACAUAAUAGGGACAUUAAGGGAGCUCAUCCGUGUAGAGGGUUGCUUCUCAUCUCUCCGUAAUUUGUAUCUUAAUGACAACUUUUUGACUGGAGGAAUUCCUGCACAGAUUGCCAACUUGAGGAACUUGGAAAUUCUGUAUUUGUCUAACAACAAAAUUGCUGGUAUUGUGCCGCCAGAGAUUGCUUCUCUGCCAAGAUUAACCUACUUAUAUCUUGAUCACAACUCCCUUACUGGAAGAAUUCCAGAUGCAUUUUACCAACAUCCUUAUCUGAAAGAAAUGUAUAUAGAAGAAAAUCAAUUUCGCCCUGGUGUCAGUCCGAUUGGUGUUCAUAAAAUGCUGGAGGUAUCAGACACAGAGUUUCUCUUCUAAGCAGAUUUAUUGUGCGUUUGAUUCCAGAUUUGCAGCAUGCAUUGUCUUCCCCGUAGAGGAGAGUACAACUUUGCUUUUCCCCAUAACUCGUCUUCUAGUUGUUUUAGAUUAUGUUUUUGUAUUGAUUUUUUUUAAGUUCUUUAUUUUGAGUACUUUUUCUCCUGAAGAUAGUGUCAUUCUUAAUUAAUUUGUAAGUUCGGAGGACAAAUAUUUUUCCAAAGAAAUAGUUCUGACUAUAUAUCACGAAAGCUGCAAAAAGCCAUGGAUCACCUACAAUUGAAAAUAACUGUUGUAAAUUUUGAGGCAAUCUGGUGCCGAUGUGUACUCUAAAGCUUUAACCUCUUAUAAUUGCAAUUUGGAAAUGAAUGAUUGUACCUA